AUGGCGGCGGUAGCGGCAGUGGCGGAGCGUAGGAGGCGGUCUUGGCCAGGUUUGGUACUGAUUUGCUUAGGGCUUGGCCUGGGAAUUACCCUUGCUGUGGAUAGAAGCAACUUUAAAACCUGUGAAGAGAGUUCCUUCUGCAAGCGGCAGCGAAGCGUACGACCAGGCCUCUCUCCGUACCGAGCCUUGCUAGACUCCCUGCAGCUUGGUCCCGAUGGCCUCACUGUCCACUUGAUCAACGAGGUCACCAAGGUAUUGCUGGUGCUGGAGCUCCAGGGCCUUGAGAAGAACAUGACUCGGAUCAGAAUCGAUGAGCUGGAGCCCAGGCGGCCCCGGUACCGGGUGCCAGAUGUGUUGGUGGCUGAUCCCCCUACAGCGCGGCUUUCUGUCUCUGGCCAUGACGACAACAGUGUGGAGCUGACAGUGGCUGAGGGGCCCUAUAAAAUCAUCUUGACGGCACGGCCAUUCCGCCUUGACCUGCUGGAGGGCCGCAGUCUGCUGCUCAGCGUCAAUGCCCGAGGACUCCUGGACUUCGAGCAUCAGAGGGCCCCCAGGGUCUCUUUCUCGGAUAAAGUUAGUGUCACGCUCGGUAGCAUAUGGGAUAAGAUCAAGAACCUUUUCUCUAGGCAAGGAUCAAAAGACCCAGCUGAGGGUGAUGGGGCCCAGCCUGAGGAAACACCUGGGGAUGGUGACAAGCCAGAGGAGACCCAGGAGAAGGCGGAGAAAGAUGAGCCAGGAGCCUGGGAGGAGACAUUCAAAACUCACUCUGACAGCAAGCCGUAUGGGCCUACGUCUGUGGGUUUGGACUUUUCCCUGCCAGGAAUGGAGCAUGUGUAUGGGAUCCCUGAGCAUGCGGACAAUCUGAGGCUGAAGGUCACUGAGGGUGGGGAGCCUUAUCGCCUGUACAACUUGGACGUGUUCCAGUACGAGCUGUACAACCCCAUGGCCCUGUAUGGGUCUGUGCCUGUGCUUCUGGCACACAACUCUCAGCGGGACCUGGGCAUCUUCUGGCUCAAUGCCGCUGAGACCUGGGUCGACAUAUCCUCCAACACUGCCGGGAAGACUCUGUUUGGGAAGAUGCUGGACUACCUGCAGGGCUCCGGGGAGACUCCCCAGACAGACGUUCGCUGGAUGUCAGAGAGUGGCAUCAUCGAUGUCUUCCUUCUGCUCGGGCCCUCUGUCACCAACGUCUUCCGGCAGUACGCUAGUCUCACAGGGACCCAGGCAUUGCCCCCGCUCUUCUCCCUCGGCUACCACCAGAGCCGCUGGAACUACCGGGACGAGGCUGAUGUGCUGGAGGUGGAUCAAGGCUUCGAUGACCACAACCUGCCCUGUGAUGUCAUCUGGCUGGACAUUGAACAUGCUGAUGGCAAGCGGUAUUUCACCUGGGACCCCAGCCGCUUUCCCCAGCCCCUCACCAUGCUCGAGCAGUUGGCCUCCAAGAGGCGGAAGCUGGUGACCAUCGUGGACCCCCACAUUAAAGUGGACUCUGGCUACCGGGUACAUGAAGAGCUGCGGAACCAAGGGCUAUAUGUUAAAACCCGGGACGGCUCUGACUAUGAGGGCUGGUGCUGGCCAGGCUCAGCUGGCUACCCUGACUUCACUAAUCCCACAAUGAGGGCCUGGUGGGCUAAUAUGUUCAGCUUUGAUAAUUACGAGGGCUCGGCUCCCAAUCUCUAUGUCUGGAAUGACAUGAAUGAGCCAUCGGUAUUCAGUGGCCCUGAGGUCACCAUGCUCAAGGAUGCCCAGCAUUAUGGAGGCUGGGAACACCGGGACGUGCAUAACAUCUAUGGCUUCUAUGUGCACAUGGCGACUGCUGACGGGCUGGUGCUGCGUUCUGGGGGCGUAGAACGCCCAUUUGUCCUGAGCAGAGCUUUCUUUGCUGGCUCCCAGCGCUUUGGAGCUGUGUGGACUGGGGACAAUGCUGCCGAAUGGGACCAUUUGAAGAUCUCUAUCCCUAUGUGUCUCAGUUUGGGGCUGGUGGGACUUUCCUUCUGUGGGGCGGAUGUGGGCGGCUUCUUCAAAAACCCAGAGCCAGAGCUGCUCGUGCGCUGGUACCAGAUGGGUGCCUACCAGCCCUUCUUCCGGGCACAUGCUCACCUGGACACUGGGCGGCGAGAGCCGUGGCUGUUAGCGUCUCAGUACCAAGACAUCAUCCGAGAUGCCUUGGGCCAGCGCUAUUCCUUGCUGCCAUUCUGGUACACUCUCUUCUACCAGGCCCAUCGUGAAGGGGUUCCUGUCAUGAGACCACUGUGGGUGCAGUACCCUCAGGAUGUAGCCACCUUCAGUAUAGAUGAUCAGUUCCUGCUUGGCGAUGCGCUGCUGGUUCACCCCGUGUCUGACGCUGGGGCCCACGGUGUGCAAAUCUAUCUGCCUGGCCAAGGGGAGGUGUGGUAUGACACUUACACUUACCAGAAGCAUCAUGGUCCCCAGACUCUGUACCUGCCUGUAACUCUAAGCAGUAUCCCUGUGUUCCAACGUGGAGGGACGAUUGUGCCUCGGUGGAUGCGAAUGCGCCGUUCUUCAUCCUGUAUGAAGGAGGACCCCAUCACUCUUUUCGUUGCGCUCAGUCCUCAGGGGACGGCCCAAGGAGAGCUCUUUGUGGAUGACGGGCACACGUUCAACUAUCAGACUCGCCACGAGUUCUUGCUGCGUCGGUUCUCAUUCUCUGGCAACACCCUCGUCUCCAGCUCAGCAGACCCAAAAGGCCACUUUGAGACACCGAUCUGGAUUGAGCGGGUGGUGAUAAUAGGGGCCGGAAAGCCAGCGGCCGUGGUACUCCAGACAAAAGGAUCUCCUGAAAGCCACUUGUCCUUCCAACAUGACCCUGAGACCUCGGUGCUGACCUUGCGCAAGCCUGGUGUCAACGUGGCAGCUGACUGGAGCAUUCACCUGCGAUAA